CAUUAUAAGCAUUCAUCAGUGAGGUGUUAUGAGUGAAUCUUUGUUUAAAAGAAGGUUUAUUUAAAACGGGGCAUGAAUACAUAACCAAUUUACUUCGCCGCCAUUUAUUCAAUGGACAUUUGAAAGGUCGAACGUGUUAGCAAAACAAUUGCGUAUAAUCAUUGGAUAUAAAACGGUUUUCUUAGUUUUAGAGUUUGUUUCAUGAAACAUGGGUAUUCAGUCAUCUCAUUGUCAAAGACAAGUCUGAUUCGCUUGAAGACAGGUCGAUUUCCAGGUAAAGAGUGAAGACCACACUAGGUUAUUUACACAUUUUGAGGCGUGGUUAGGGUUAAAAAGUAUCAGUUCAUCAGCAAAAUGUUGUGUGAUUUUUUUCGGGAAGUUCGUAUCACGUAUAACAACGACAAACAGUUCAAACUAUAUUUCAACGAUGAUAUUUUAUUUAUGUUCGAGAGUUUUUGUCUGUAAUCUGUUAUGAAAGCAACUGUUCAAACAUUUAGCCACAAAGUUCCAGAAAACGAUUGAAAAUAGGAUUACCAUUUCUCCAAUAAACGGUCGCUAGCCUUGUUGAUGUUUGCACAGUUUAUCCACCUCCGAGUGCCUCUUUUGCCCUAAAGAAUUGAGGCGUUCCUUCAGCGUUACCGUCAUAAACUGAUAGACGUAAGUAGUGUUGCGUGGGAGGUAAAGCUCGUCCAAUAGAAACCGCUACCGAACCAUCGUCAAAAAUACGGAUUUAUCCAUUGUUCCUAGGGUUGCUGGAAGUGCUCACAGGAGCUGUGUUCUGCAUGUUUAUCUUAUCACGGACAAAGUGUUAUAUUUAAAUAUCUCAAAUCGCAUAACUGGCGAACGAAGAUAUUGGAAAAAUAAUAAAUUAAUAUUGAUCGACAAUUUGUUUAUAUAAAAUGAUUGUGAAACGGAUAAUUCUCAUUCGAAGAUCCCAGUAACUGGACGGCAGUGGAAGAUUAAGACGAAAUAAGAUACAAACCUUUUAAGACUAUUAUCGGAUAGAAACAACUAUCAGAUACUUUGUAUUUUCAUGUCAGGUUACCUUAAGCGAGAUUUAAAAUAACAAAUACUCAAAUAAAUGAAAAACAAAUUUGUGCGAUAGAAAAUUGUCCAAAAACGAGUGAACGAAACACUUCAAUAAGAAAAGUGUACCUUAAUAACUUAAGUUAUAUCUUUACGAAAUAAAUAAUCCAAACGGCGGACGGAAUAUUCCUCAGCACCGGAAGUUGGGGAUUGGCGUGUCAACAAUGCGUGCGGGCCACGGGCAUUCAGGGCGAGCAGGAAAUGGUGACAUCUACAUUAUCGAGACGCUGGGUCGUAAGACUCGAUCCUGACCUGGCUAGCUGCUUCCGGGGAACACUGUAUCCACAUCCGCUUUCACAUGAGAUGCGAGCGGCCUAUUCUCUGCGUCAGGUACAUCUAUCGAGGAAACUGAUAUUCACCCUUUUUUACCUGAUGUUACUCACGACCUCUGGGGCGGCGUUCCCGAGCCAGAAGAUGUUGGAUAGUCCAAAAAGUAUUGUCAUCCAACACAAGGACUCAAUUACAGUAAGAACUACUGGCUGUAAGCCGUUGACACACGACGAUCUUAAAACUUUAAUGGGUAUUGCGUGGGAUGACACGAAGAUGAGAAACGAUGACGUCAUCAAUGACGAUGAUGACGUCAUUGGUGGUGGUACAAAAAAGCGAGGAAGUUCAGGAAACUCUGUGAUAGACAAAAAUGAACAAUUUCUACAAAACUAUUUUAAGGACGAGUCUGAUAUUGAUGACAUCGGAGUUAAGAGUGACAAAGAUACCAGCCUUAGUGUUCAAAAUAGAAAGUUUAUGAGGCGGCGAAAACGGGAUGAAGAGGACAGUGAAAAUACAAACACUCCAACUGAUACGAGAUUUCUAUACCAAAAUAUGGUUUUCGACACAAUUUCUAGACGGAAAUCUCGACAAAAGCGAAGUCGAUCUAGUGAUAAACAAUUCCACCCUGCUUGGGAGUGUGAAAUCAAACAAUAUUGGAAGCCAAUGUCAGAUGAAUACUUUCCUAAAUACAUUUGGGAAGGGGAGUGUACGCAGAAAUCGUGUUUCUUUGGGCUUUAUCGUUGCAAGCCCGUAAAGUACACGAUCAAACUUCUUAAAAGGGACCCCGAAAACGCUUGUCGGCCCGUUCCAUUAAUUGGCGAAACGACGACGUAUGAGGAGGCGUGGGUUAUACAGGACCACGAGGCCACGGUGGCGUGUGAGUGCGGCCUGAAAAGUGGCCGAUCUUCGGGCAAAAGGAAUAAAAAUAAAAAUAAAAAGGGCAAAAACAGAAACCGUGGGAGGGACGAAUGAAAACGAGGCAGAUUUUUUUUGUUUAAAAGUGUACACGUAUUCACACGGGUUUCGUCAAACUUUUUGUUUUGACAUGCAAUUAUAUUCCAAAAUGAGACAUUCCCUUUUGGUUUCCUAGUGGUGUCUUUAACCGAGCUUUGUACGAGAAAUUAGGGUAUAUAGUAUUGUGGUAUGCUAUAAGUACGAGAAACUAGCAGUUGAUACUAUUUCAAAGGCGUAUGUACGUACUUAUUGCUAGAUUCAGUGAUAAUAGCUAUUUGGAGUAGGACAGAACGUACGAAAUCCAUUUUCAUGCAGUUUUUAUUAACGACGCUCGCCAUUGUGAUUGUGAUAAAAUGUGUAUUAACACUUAAUCGAGACAUUCCGAUUUGGAAUAUAAAGCAUUCCAGAGUGAAACAGUAUGUUUAUGUUUGUUGAAAGUGGUAAAAAAACAACAACUGUAUAGAACUACAGAUUUAUUUAUUAUAGAUAUAGAUGGCCAGUAUAAAUGAUACAUUUGCGCAUGCGCGCUUGUGUUCCUAUGCGCACGCGCAUUUUAGAUGAAAUGGAGAUUAUAACGGGACAGUUUGUCGACAUACUGUUUGUAGGUUUCAACUAUACUUAUCAUGUAAAAUUGUUUAAAAUAUGUUUAAAUCUUAUUUAACUUAUUGUUAUGUCAGUAAUGAAAAACAAUUAUUA